UCUACAAAUUAUAUUUCCUUUCAGAUCUGCUGCACGUUCACGUGCGGCAUGUGGACAGCUUACAUUGUCUAUUUAUUAAGUUUUGUGAAUAUUGUCAAGACAAGUAACUAAAAAUGGCUUUGUAUAAUUUUAAGAAAAUUGCAGUCGUCCCUACUGCAAAGGACUUUGUCGACAUAAUCUUGUCAAAGACACAGCGUAAGACACCCACAGUAAUUCACAAAAAUUACAAAAUAUCACGUAUUCGUGCCUUCUACACGCGCAAGGUUAAAUUCACACAACAAAAUUUUCAUGAUCGGCUUAGUCAGAUUAUUCAAGAAUUUCCAAAAUUAGAUGAUGUUCAUCCUUUCUAUGCAGACUUGAUGAACGUUUUGUACGAUAAAGAUCAUUACAAGCUAGCUCUUGGUCAGAUCAACACUGCUCGACAUCUUAUCGAUAAUGUGGCAAAGGAUUAUGUCCGCUUGUUGAAGUAUGGAGAUUCCUUAUAUAGAUGUAAACAAUUGAAAAAAGCUGCUCUAGGUCGUAUGGCUACUAUCAUGAAAAGGCAGGCUGCUAACUUGACAUACCUCGAACAAGUACGGCAGCAUUUGGCGAGAUUACCCAGCAUCGAUCCAUAUACAAGAACCAUUAUCAUAUGUGGUUUUCCGAACGUAGGCAAAAGCAGUUUCAUAAACAAGAUUACACGUGCUGACGUGGAAGUGCAACCGUAUGCAUUCACGACAAAAUCCUUGUACGUGGGUCACACGGACUAUAAGUAUUUGCGUUGGCAAGUGGUUGACACCCCUGGUAUUUUGGAUCAUCCUUUGGAGGAAAGAAACGUUAUCGAAAUGCAAGCUGUCACAGCACUAGCGCAUUUACGAGCAGUAGUACUUUACUUCUUUGACAUUUCUGAACAAUGUGGUCAUUCUAUUGAGGAACAAAUGAAGCUCUUUGAAUCGAUAAAGCCGCUUUUCACCAAUAAACCCUUGUUGGUCGUUGCCAAUAAAGUGGAUGUUCUGCGAAUGGAAGAACUUCCAACGGAAAAACGUGCAAUCCUGGAACCAUUAGAGAAUAACGAAAAUGUCCCCCUUAUAGAAAUGAGCACCGUAACUGACUUCGGCGUGAUGGAUGUCAAGACGCAGGCGUGUGAGCGUCUCCUGGCUUUCCGGGUCGACCAGAAAAUACGUACAAAGAAGGUUGAAGGAGUCUUAAAUCGUCUUCACGUAGCAAUGCCUACAGCAAGAGAUACUAAAGUACGUGCACCAUGUAUACCAGAAUCUGUAUUACUGAAAAAGCAAGCUGCUGCAGCUAAAGCAGAAAAGGCAAUAAAACGUAAACUGGAACGUGAAAUAGAAGAAGAGUUAGGUGACGAUUAUGUCUUAGACUUGAAGAAAAACUAUGACAUUGAGGGUGACCAGAAGUAUGAUAUUAUACCAGAAAUAUGGGAAGGACACAAUGUGGCUGAUUAUAUUGAUCCCGACAUCUUUGAGAAACUCAAUGCACUGGAGAGAGAAGAAGAAUUACGCGAAGAAGCUGGUGUCUACGAUUACAAGAUUCCAGAGUUGACAGAGACCAUGAAAGAGAUAGAACAACUGGCUCGACAGAUCCGCGACCGCAAGGCAAUAAUGAAGGACGAAGCCCGCAUUACAAAAGCUUCCACAAAACCAGUCAUGCCGCGAACAGCAGGUGCUAAAGUCCGUGAUCGUUCAGUAUCGAAAUUGCGAGAACAAAUGGAAGAUCUUGGUGUCGAUAUGGAAGACACUGAAGAAGCACAUUUCACAAAGACCAGAAGUCGAUCUAGAUCUUUGUCUCAGCCAGCGAGGAAGAGGAUGCGCCUGCAAUCCGAGUCUCAAUCAAGAGCUAGAAGCAGUUCACGACCAGCAAGAGAUGACAUGGGUGUGAAGGAUACUGCGAUGAAAUCCAAGCUGAAGAAUAUAGCACACAGGGCUAUCAGAAAGAAGGUAGCAAAGAAGGGUCUCAAGGGUGAAGCUGAUAGAUUUAUCGGUACAAAAAUGCCAAGGCAUUUAUUCUCUGGCAAACGUGGUGUUGGCAAAACAGACAGAAGAUAAGACCUUCAUUUUACAUCUUACUUCUUACUUCCAAUCUCUUGUCCUGUCAAGAUGCACAUACAUCGUAUGCAGUUUUGGACUGCAAAUACAUAAAAAGAGUUUA